AUGCACAUUUGUUAUAUUUGCGGGUUUUUUUCAUCGUCUCGCAUUUCCGCAUCUAUGGCUCUAUUCACACCGACUAACCAAAAGCGUUUGACAAAUAUUACAAUAGUUCGGCUAAAAAAAGGAGGGGAGCGCUAUGAAAUUGCUUGUUAUCCCAACAAGGUCAGAUCUUGGCGUGACCGAAUUGAAAAUAAACUUGAUGAGGUCCUUCAAUCGCAAGCAAUAUUUGCUAACGUUUCUAAAGGGAAAUUAGCCAAUAAAAAGGAAAUGUAUGAAGCGUUUGGAACAGAAGACGAGUCUAAGAUCGCUGUGUAUAUUCUCGAAAAUGGUGACCUGCAAGUUACAGAAAAGGAGCGAUCUGUUGAAAAUCAAAAUCUUUUUCGUGAUGUUGCAAAGUUUGUCUCUGAACGGUGCCUUAAUACGGAAACUGGACGUGGCUAUCCAGUUACAAUGAUAGAAAAAAUGAUGAAAGAUUGCCACAUAAACCUUAAGUCGAACAAGAGUGCCAAGCAACAGGGUCUCGAAGUAAUUAAAGAAUUGAGAGCAAAUGCUGGCUUCAAAAUUGCACCAGCAUUACUCGAAAUCGUCUUGACAAUAGAUAAGGACUAUUUUAACGAGGUCCGGGACUCAAUUUUGGAACUUAUUGAUCAAGUAAUUAGGACGGACUCAUUCGAUGGAUCUUGCGAGCUUGUAAGAAUCACUAAAAUGUAUUUACGCAGUUGA